AUGUAUCUCCCGUUGGUGAAGGAAGCCAUAGUGACACAAGCCGACAACUUUGUGGAUCGACCAUACACUGCAAUGGCCGAAAGGGUGUACUUAGGAGGCACAGACUGUAUAUCACUUGUUUGUAUGUUGUUGACUUUUGUGCAGCCACCCAAAAGCAGCAAAGGCUCAAGUAAAAAGCCUGCAAAGGCAAAAACGCCCACACCGACAGAUGGAUUCACCAAGGAGGAGCUGUCCAAGGAGCAGCUGGAAGAGCAGAUCGUGCGCCUUCGAGAGGAGCUGGACAGAGAGAGGGAAGAGAGAAACUACUUUCAGCUAGAGAGGGACACGAUCCACACAUUUUGGGAGAUCACAGAGAGCAAACUAGAGGAGGUCAAGGCUGAAAAGAAGAAUUUUGAUAAGGACAUAGAGGAGGAUGAGGGGCGCUACCAAGUAGAGAUCAAGGUGUACAAGCAGAAGAUGAAGCACCUCCUGUGUGAACACCUGAACACAACCUCUGAGUUAAAAGCAGAUGGUUUAGUCUCCACACCGGUGGUGCAGGAGGAGCAAGAACGAUUAGAGACUGAGCUUCAUAAGGAAAUGAGGGCCGUCAUGGUCGACAUGCAGGAGCUUGACAAUGAAAACCUUGUCAAGGAGCUUGAACUGAAACACGAUGAAGAAAUGACUAAAACAAGUAACAGGGUGGAGAAGCAAAUUGCAGAAAUCCGAGCCAAGUAUGAUGAAAAGAAGGAGCUGCUACAACAACAGCUGGACAACAUGACAAAUAAUAAGAUCAGUGAGAACGAAGAUCAAUGGAACAGCCACGUCAACACUCUAGUAGAAGACCACAAGAAAGCAAUAACUGAAUGUGAAGCAGUUAAUAGUUGCUGGAAACAGGAACGGAAUGUGAACGAUUCACUCACGGAAGAAAUUAAAUUGAUGAAGAAGACACAGGAGGAGAAGAAAGAGAACCUGGCCUGCCUUCUGCUAGAGAACAAACAGAUGGCUGAGCUUCUCUCAGAAGUCUCAGAGGAGAGCGCGGAAAUUGAGAAAGAAAUUAAAUACUUCGUAAUAAAAAAGGAUGUUGAUGAAAAGGUUGAAGAAAAGAAGCUGGAUAAACUGAAAUGGGAUUAUGAGACACUGGAACAGACAUUCUGCAAGCUUGAGCUAGAAAGGGACGAGCUGUACAAGACGGUCACUCGGAAUAUUCAGCGGGUGCAGCACGAAGCAGAUUGGAAGAGCAUGCCGCUGGAAAAGAAGCUGAAAGGCCUGACGGACGGCUUGGAGAAGACGCAGGCUCAGCUCCUCUCUGUGCUUUCUGCCUCUAACAUGGACCGAACUGCUCUUGAUGGGGUCACUGACACAAUUGAGAAAAAUCUGGACUCCGGUAAUGAUUCCAUCAAGAACUUGGAGUAUAAAAAAGCUCAGCUUUCCCAGGAAAGAAGUGAUUUGCUGCUGACCUACGAAGCUUGGUGUGGAGGAGCUUUGCGUAAAGCCAUUUGA